AAAGUCCUGAGGGUGGAGCUGCGUGUGGCAGAACACUUGCCUGGCAUGUGUAAGACCCUGGGCUUCCUCUCCAGCACCUCUGUCCAAAAUCUGGGUCCCCAGCAGAAGGGAAUAGAAUAUCCAGAGUCACUGAGCACAGAGCCCUGGGCGCUGUGUAAGCCACCAACGGUGACUGAUGUUCUGGUUGGAUUCGUGAGUUCACACAGCAGGGGCUGGGAGGGGAUGCACGGUCAACGCCAAGGUCACCCCAGGCAGGCCUCGCACCGCAGGGCGCUGGGGAUCGCGGGGUGGGGUGCUGAGGCCCUUGGUCCCGGGCGGGGUGCAGGGUAGGGCGGAGUUCUGAGGAGUUAAUGUUACACCGGGUCCAGAGUUUGCUGUGGGGAGGCCCGGCGGCUCAGCCUCACCGCCCUUAUCCCCGCGGGCGCCCGGCUGGCUCGCUCCUGGCUGGCGCAGACCCGGACCUGACACCGGAGGCCAUGAACGCCCUGGGGACGCUGCUCGCGCUGGGGACCUUGUUUCUGCCAUCCGUCCAGGCCCAGCAGGCCGCAGGACGCCGCCUGAAGCCGUGGCUGGUGGGCCUGACGGCCGUCGUGGUCUUCCUGUUCAUCGUCUUCGCGCUCCUGCUGGCCAACCGCGUGUGGUGCUCCAAAGCCAGAGCUGACGAUGAGGAGGCCGCCGAGAGAAUGCAGCCCAACCCUUACGAGACCAUGGGCCCGAGGAAAGAAAGCAAGAAGGAGAAGAAGGAGAAACGAGGAGAGAGCAAUCUAGGCCUGGAGCUGGAAGAAAAACAGCCCGCAGACGAGGAGGAGAUCAAGACCAUCAUGUGAAGACGCCCCGCCCCGCCGUCCGGGCGGCCCCCGGCGCGGCCCUCCCUGAGCAGCACCGCAGCCGGGAGACGCGCAGCGAUGCCAGCGGGGUCCUCGGGGCCACCCCUGCCCAGUAGUUCUUCCGGUCCCCACAGCUCGUGGCUCUGCCUGUUUGUACCCACUGCCUGAUUUAUUCUCCCUCUGCCCGAUGUCUUUUGGCCAGAAGGUGCCUGUCCCCUGCAGCCUUAGGGCCUCACCGGCCAAGGGCUCACUGUUGAGGGACCCAAUAAAGACUAAUACAACCUCUUUA